ACUCAUCAGUCUUCUUCUGCCCUUCCACAAGGCAGCAGAAGAACCUACCAGUGAACAGCGGUUCAUACAAAAACUAGGUUCAUUUAUUAAUUAUAGUGUUGCUUACAAAUACGUUGAUUCAAGGAGAUGCGGUUGUUCAUCCUAACUCUCGUCAUAAUUUCGACCACUUCCGGGCCAGCAGCAGCUGUUGGAAGAAGCACAGUCACGAAUGAUGACAUCCGUGACGCCAUUCUUCAAGUGGUUAAUGUUGUGCGGGCCACUGAAGACAAGUUGGAACGACAUGAGUAUCGGGAAAGGGUACUGGGGGAACAGCUGAAAAAGGGCCUGAUUUCUAUCGACAAAAGGGUCAAGCUUCUGGAACCUUUCAAGGGUACCAUUAAUCGUUUGGAUCAGCGACUGGCUGCUGUUGAGACGAUUUUAAUGCAGAAAGAUGAAAGGGAAAGAAUCCAGCUUCAGAAAACAUUCGAUGCUGUAGAAGACAUUCAAAAGAACUUGCCGAUUAUAGUGGAUAAACUGAAAAGCGAUAUCAUCGAAAAGCUUUCUGAUUUAAAACCUGCCACACCACCACCGCCACCACCGUCCAUCACAAAAGAAGAUUUGGAAAAAGUCCAAAAAGACCUUGCUUCGAAAAUCGAGAAAGUAACAGAAACGAUAAAGUCCAUGGAACAAGAUCUCAACCACAUGAAAGAUGAAAAUAACAACAUACGCGAACUCAAUAAUAAAUCAUCCGAAAAUCUCGACAAAGUCAAACGUCAGUUAAGCUCAAGCGAACAACUGUUAGAGAAAUACGAAAACAAACUCGCCGAAUAUAAUAACAGAAUACCGCCAGUAAUUCCCGACAACUACAAAGAUCAAAAGGACUGGCAUCCGAGCUUCCUCCAAGCGCUCGAAAUCCAGAAGAACAACGUCGAACAGGUCCUCUCCGACGUGAAAGCCAUCACCACCAAAGUGAACCGUCUUCCCGACAAAACCGACCUCGAGACCCUCCAAAACGCCACGCUCGGCUCCGUCCAAACCCUCAAAGACCCCCAGAGCCUCAGCCAGAUCAGCGACGACAUCGCCGCCAAACACCGCAACGUCACGAAAUCCAUCGACGCGAUCGCCGCCAAUGUCGACUCCCUCACGCAGAAGUUCGCCGCCAGCUCGCAAAACAUCCGCGCCGAAAUCGAGAACCUGGGCAAGGUGGAGCAGGUGAUGGUGCAAACGGCCGAUAGCGUGUUGGACACGAAGCGCCGCGUCGAGUACGGCGUGCACCAGAUCAUCGCCGAGAUGCAACAGUUGAUCAAGGCGAGCUCGAAGGACGUGAACGCGGCCAUCAGCGAGCGCUUCGACACCUUCGAGAUGUCGGUGUUGGACGAAGAGACCGGCGCGUUGGCCAAUCUGACGGCGAAGAUUGGCCAGGAGAUCGACCAGGUUUGGAGGCAGAUCGGGAUCAUGCACCAGCAGAUGAGCGCCAGCACGGAUACGCUCAACAGGCUGCAGAAUCAGACGGAUCAGUACGUGAGUGGCUCGCUCAACGUCAUGGACAAUAUGAAGGGAAAAGUCGGCACAAUCACCAGUCGCAUCACCGAAGUCGACGAGAACUUGAAUUAUCUUCUUGGUAAAUUGUCCUUGGUCACGCAGGAAUUCAAUCAGAUCAAAUCUGGACUAGGCAAAGCCCUGGAUGAGAUGAGAUCCACCUACAAAACAGUUCGUGAGAAGAUUAACCAAGGUCCGGGUCCGCAUAAAAUUGAAGACUCCACAAGCAAGUGAUCAGCACUUGCAGCACAGAUUUCAUUAGGUUUAGCUUUCUCUCUGUAUGUUAUAAUAAAGAAAUGGAGAAUUUCCAUACAAAUAGGUGAAAUGAUAAAA